GUACCGGAAUAAAUAAUACAUGUUACUUCCGCGUUCCACAACUAGGUUCUAAGAACAAUUUUUUAUUCCAAAUACUCCAUUUAGUCAACAGCUAUAAUCAGCUAUGGAGAGAACCUUCGCAAAGUACUUCCAUGAACAGGUAAAAGAGAUCAUAGGAGAUGAAGCUGACCGAGAGCAGUUGUUUGAAUCAUUGCGAGUUUAUCAGUCCACCAAUGACCUACAACGUCUGGUGACUGAGCUACGCCAUCUGCUUAAUGAACCUCACAAACUGGAAUUGUAUGAACACAUCAGACCUCUGAUUUUGCCAAAACACCAGAUUGAGUAUAGUCGCAAGUCACCUCAGAUGCCGGGAGUGAAACUUCGAGUGAUUCGCCUGAAAAGACAGCCAGGGGAGAGUAUUGGAUUCGCUGUCCGUGGAGGUUUCGAACAUGGCGUUGGUGUGUUUGUCUCUCGUGUCGAGUCGGGAUCUCAAGCAGAAAAGCGUGGACUAAAGGUUGGAGAUGAAAUUGUCCGUGUCAAUGGUUUUACAAUUGCUGAGGCUAUCCAUGAUGACGUGCUGAAUCUAAUUAAGUCGAGAGAGGAAAUAGUGCUUAAAGUGACACAUAUUGGAAUGCUGCCUUUCAAGGACCAGCCUACAGACAACGUGGCUUGGAAAUAUGUUCAGAUGCUGGAUUCAUCUAAAGUGCUGCAAGAAGUGUUAGAAGACCCUGACAAGAAACCAACAAAAGAAAAUGAAAUUAAAAUAUUUAUCAACACUGCUGGGACCUCAUCCAUUGGUUGUGGGAUUGUCAGUGGGCCGCGUCAUUUCCCUGGGAUCUUUGUGGAGAAUGUGCGGCCUCAGAGUCUGGCAGAGGAGGUUGGCCUGGAAGUGGGUGACCAGAUUAUUGAGGUGAAUGGAACCAGCUUCGAUAACAUCAGCCACAAGGAGGCUGUUGUCAACCUGAAGGGCAGCAAGCAGCUUCACAUGGUUAUCAAGAAGAAAACUGGUCUGCCACUGUUUCAGCAGGGACGGAAGUCUCAGGCACCUGGUGUACCAAAGACUGAUCCAAAACCAGCACCAGGCCCAAACAAAACUGUGAUCUCUGUGCCAAGGGAAGAUAAUGAUGGAGACUUUGAAAAAGACAGCUGGAGGGAGAAUAACAGGGAGAGCUGGAGGGAGAAUAACAGGGAGAGUUGGAAGGAAAAGAACAGGGAGAGCUGGAAGGAGAAGAACAGGGAGAGCUGGAAGGAGAAUAACAGGGAGAGCUGGAAGGAGAGUGAUGUCAUCAAACAUAUGGAUGGUCACAGAAUGAAUAUUAGUGCUGAUGUUGAACCGACUGUCUUUCGAUCGACCCCUCCCCCAUCACCAACUGUAGAGCCAGACUUUCCACCACCCCCACCUCCACUUGUUGACACUGCAGAGGAAGGAAUCACAAGCUUCUCUGUGAAUAAAUCACACGACACUGAACUAGAGGGAAUAACCCAUUUUUCCAAGCCUGAGGAGUCGGUGAUGACCUUUGAGAGUGAAGAUGUGAAGACUAGUACAAAACAGGAGACACAGACAUCGGACAUUUAUCGAAAACAGCCUGGAGUUCUUGGUGGUCGUGGUGCUAUCUUGGCUGCACGCCAGGCUGGACUGGCUAAAGGAGGCCCAACACUCCUGGGUGCGGCAGAUGUACAGACACAUGCCAACAUGGACAGCACAGAUGAUCCAUAUGCUUUGUUUCCCCAAGACCAAGUAGAAGGCAAGAAGCUGUGUAUUGUGGAACUGAUCACAGAUAGUGUAAAACCUUUAGGAUUGCAAGUGGAGGGAGGAAUUGGAACACCACUUGUUGAUAAGAUUUUGGUUGCUGAUCUCUAUGGAGUAGCACAUGACAGUGACCAGAUAGAGAAAGGAGACCAGCUGAUGAUGGUGAAUGGGCGCAGUCUUAUUGGUGUUACAGAAGCACAAGCAAGAAAUAUUCUUCAGGAGGCAGAAGAUACACCUGGGCAAGCUGUGAAAAUCAUUUUUGCUAAAAGUGGACUUCUGAAUGAUGAAGAUGCUAUCACUUAUUUCUAAGCAUAAAUCAGAAGAAACAGAAGAGUAUUUAAUCCAGAACAGAUUGGACAAUCAAAGAACAUUUAUAUACACAAUACAGCCAUAACUAUUUUUGUACACCAUUUACUAUAAGAAAAUUCUAUUUAUAUAUGUAAAAGACUGUGCCUUCAUUAGCUAAUCUGAAAUAGAAUGUAUGGGAUUUUUGGUAGAUUGUUAAUUGUUAAUAAAUAUUAAUGAUAAAAGCUUGUUUGUUUUAAGUAUUCAACUGUUCAAUGACAUUUAUCAUAUUCACAUACAUAGAGCGUAUUACCAGUGUGUAUUAGUCUUGUCUUGACAUAUUAGGAAUACAAAUUGUAUUAAGCAAGCUUCUAGUCCUGUUUAUAGGUGAUUUCAGUCCAGUAAUACAAGAUUCUGUCAUAUCUCAUUCCUUAAAUCUGAUAUCAGUUAAAGAAAAAUUUACUUAAUAUUUAAUAAAAAUUUAAAAAGACAAUAAGAAAAACAGUGACAAUGUUGUAUAUCAGGAUAGGUACACAAAAAUAAGAUUUUGAAUUGAGUAUUAGUCUGUCAAAAAAAACGAACCACUAACAAACCAACAAAUAAAAAACCCACAUUUCCUAUCCGAUUUAAAAAACAAAUCAUACUAGUUUCUAGUUUAAUCUUCUACCAGUCCAACUGGGGUUGACUAUAGGUUUCAUCUCUCUUGUCUGUCCCACAUAUAGUUUUCUGGAUGUUUUGUUCACAAUGCUUUGAGAUAUUGAGCUGAAAUUUUGUAUAUAACUUUAUUAUGUACUGUUACAUAUCAAUUUUGACUUCCAUGGCAAUUUACCUAUUUUUCAGUUAUGGUCUUUGAACUUGUGAGAUAUGAAAAAGAUUUUUCCAGACUGUUUUUGCAAUGCCUGAAGAUAUUGGGAUGAAUUGUUUUAAUAUAGCUUUAUCAUGUUCUGUUAGAGAUGAAGUUUAAGUUUCGUAAAAAUUUACUCAUUUUCAAGUUAUUUAACAGGCCCUUGAACUUAAGAAUAUAUAAAAAAAUAUAUAUCUGGA